AUGAAAAGUAUCGAAAAGAUAUCGAAAAGUAUCGAAAAGAUAUCGAAAAGUAUCGAAAAGAUAUCGAAAAGUAUCGAAAAGUAUCGAAAAGAUAUCGAAAAGUAUCGAAAAGAUCGAAGAAAAGAUAUCGAAAAGUAUCGUUAUAUCGAUAAGUAUCGAUAUAUCGAAAAGUAUCGAUAUAUCGAUAAAUAUCGAAAAGUACCGAAAAGAUAUCCAAAAGUACCGAAAAGAUAUCGAAAAGUACCGAAAAGGUAUCGAAAAGUACCGAAAAUAUAUCGAAAAGUAUCGAAAAGAUAUCGAAAAGUAUCGAAAAGAUAUCGAAAAGUAUCGAAAAGAUAUCGAAAAGUAUCGAGAAGAUAUCAAAAAUACCGAAAAGAUAUCGAAAAGUACCGAAAAGAUAUCGAAAAGUACCGAAAAGAUAUCGAAAAGUACCGAAAAGAUAUCAAAAAGUACCGAAAAGAUAUCGAAAAGUACCGAAAAGAUAUCGAAAAGUACCGAAAAGAUUUCGAAAAGUACCGAAAAGAUAUCGAAAAGUACCGAAAAGAUAUCGAAAAGUACCGAAAAGAUAUCGAAAAGUACCGAAAAGAUAUCGAAAAGUACCGAAAAGAUAUCGAAAAGUACCGAAAAGAUAUCGAAAAGUACCGAAAAGAUAUCGACAAGUACCGAAAAGAUAUCGAAAAGUACCGAAAAGAUAUCGAAAAGUAUCGAAAAGAUAUCGAAAAGUAUCGUUAA